CUUGGGCCUCAUUUUCUUCAGAGGCAUUUAAGUGGGAGUUGAUGGAGGCUGCAGCCGUGGAAAAUGAAGAUCUCCUCUGUGGUGUUUGCUCUCCUGACUCGAGCACUGUUUGGAGACUUGUGUUGGGCCAUCAACGUCACCAUCACCCCGUCCCCCUUCACGGUGGCCCAGGAGGGUCAGAACAUCACGCUCUCCUGCGUUGUGUCCCAGCGGCGCCGAAAUGCCGCUCUGCCCGUGGUGAAGUGGACCUUCCUGCCGGCGGGCACGGGGCGGUCGGAGGACGAACUCCUGAUCGCCCGCGUCAACAUGCGGAAGGCCCGCUUCUACGGCAACUACACCAAGAGCUUCCCGUGGCCCAAGCUGAAGCUGACGGUGGUGAAGCAGGGGAGGAUCUUUGACCUGCUGAUCCUGAACGUGGCCCAGCGGGACCAGGGGCUCUACGUGUGCCGGGUGCAGGAGUUUAAAAAGCACCAGGACCGCUGGAAGGCCUCGUCCAACUGCACGGCUGCUACUGAGCUCAGAGUGCAUGUCCUACCGCCCACCAAGGCCAAGGAAAGCCUGUGGAGCUUGUUUAAAGAUGUGUACCUGUGUGCGGUGCUAAUCUGCUCAGUGGGCCUGCUGUGCAUGUGCAUGUUCACGGUGACAGUGACCUGCCAGUACAUACAGAGGAAGCAGAGGUUAAAAGAUAACUACCAUCUGGUCAAAAGCCCACAAAACAGCUCCGGGGAGACGGUUACCAGUUUGGUCAGUUUGUCUCCGGCUCUGCCGGAGAAGGAGAGGAGGUACAGGAAGAAAAGGAGUAGAGGCUAUCAAGAGGAGUUACCACCAGAGAUACCAGCCAAAGCUCCCAUUCGAGACAAAACGAGGAAACCCAAACUUUUAAAACCACAACCAAAGAAAGUAGUGUUGCCAAAGAUAGUGGAGGAGAAUCUGACCUACGCAGAGUUGGACCUGGUGAGGCCAAUUCCAGAAGCCAAGGCGUCAAGUAGCGGCACUGUGUACGCUCAGAUAUUGUUCGGGGAGUAGCAGCUAUGAGAGAAACACACACACACACACACCACUAGUAACUGUGCCUUAUGUAAAAAAUUAUUUUCUAUUUAUAGUCUGUAUUGUUUUGUAUUAAAAUGGUUUGCGAAGGGUAAAAUGUGUAACGUGUCAAAAUUAUGAUACUAUUGUACAUACCGUUUUAUACAAACUUGGAUAUAACUUUCUUUCAUGAGACCAAGAUGCAAAGUAGCAUAUUUCUUUUGCACUCAUGUUUGAAUCCUGUGUAGCUCAAACUGGGAACACAACAAAAGUCUACCAUGCUGAUUUAGUUCUGCCCCGCUCGCCCCCCCACAUUGGUACCCAUGCGUCAGUUGAUAUUUGCAACAUUAUGUUAGCAGGUUAAAUUCCUGUGAUAUUUUAACCUUCAAAUUUACUGCAUAACAUAUGGAGCCAGGACCAGGUGGUAAUUAGCUUAGCUUAGCAUAUAUAACGGCUGGGGGAAGCCACUAGCCUGGCACACUUGAAAGUGCGACAAAGAUGACUGAGGUCCGAACCAAUGCCUGUGAUUUUCUUACAUUACAUACAUUUCAUCCGGUUAGUUUUGGUUCCACAUUGCAAUUUGGCGAGCGCACUGAAGAACUUUACAUGACACACCUACGUCCUGUCGUUAUCACCUUCAGUACGCGGGCUGCGUUUCCCUAGACUUGACUGUGAUUGGUUUGUAGACGGACGUGAUUCUGACGUCGGUGUGUUGGCAAUUCGGCGGGUAGCCUUUUUCUUUCCGGUUCUUUUUCUUCUCCUAUGAGAGCUAGCAGCCUCAACUUCCUGUAAUUGGUCCGAUGGUUCAGUUUUGUUCAGACAGAAUUUUGGUCCAUUAGUCUGGACUGUGGCGCAAGGCGCCUUUCACACCUGCAAUUUUGUUCAGACCAAACUGAAGAGCCCGAAGGUCCGGACCAAACGAGGUAGGUGUGAUAGCGCCCUUGGAGACAUUAGUAGUUGUAUUUUUAAAUUUAAAGGCAAGCUUUAUUUCCCCUGCGUCUAGUCUUUGGGACUUUCCCAAGUUAAGCUAAUCUAUAGCUUCAUACUUAAGACAUGAGAGAGGUAUCGGUCUUCUCAACUAAACUAUUACCCAAAAUGUCAGAUGAUUUAAAUUCAUAAAAGCUGGGAUUUUUAUAAACUAAAAUCAAUGAAAGCGACAUAAUGCCAUUUUUGCUUUAUGCGAUAGACUGCGAUAUAGCAAUAAACUGAUUGCUGUGAGAUCCUUUUCCACAGUUCUUACACAGUGAACUGAGCGAAACCCCAUCAAGAGUUAUCAGAUUUAUGAUCAAGAGACUAAAUAAAUUGGAGACCUCCGUAGUUAUGAAUGUGAAAGUGCAUUUUUAAAAUGUGAUUUACUUCUAGUGUGUUUCCAAGCAUUAUCUGCCUCAAAACAUCUGUGUUCAGUCUAUUUCUUUCUUAGUCAAGCUGCAGCGUAUAAUGACCACAGCUCCACAGAGUUGAUAUUAAAGGAGCGAUUAGUUCCCCGACCUCCGCCCCACAGGCAAGCACGUGAGACCAUAUCCACCCUCUCAUCCGGUGCCAACGUCAACUUAACAGGCUGUUGGCGACACACAUAUGUAUACAUACAUGCAAGGGUGGAGCUGCAUGUCGGAUAACCACCCUUGCAGUCUCACACAAAAAGGCACAUACUGUAAAUCCAAGAAGAUGUAAACGAUUGUGUCACGUCAUCUCAUUAUUGUGAGUCAUAUUUUACUUAAAAUCUUUUGGUGAUGCUGUUGUUUUAGAUCAUAGCAAGAGGCCAAGUUGGAUGUGAUCCCAGACACCUUUGCUUCGGUCUCCUUGUUUUCUCACUUGAAUCUGAGCAUUAACGUGCAUAUUACUCCUACAAUUUCUUUUUUCUUCCUUUAAUGAUCCUCUGGAGUGUUGCAUGGAAAAAGCAAAGGAGAGUUUUUUUUAAACUGUGAACUUGAAACCCAGACACAAAGGCACCGGAUCCCUCCCUUCCCCCGAAUACUUCCACUAUCUUAUAUGAAGUGAUCCGUGCAGAAGGAGGAGAAGUUGCACUUUCUCUGUCAUGCUUGUGUCAGUCGUUCUUAACUGUUUUCAGUUAAGUGUUAAAGGCGCAGUACGCAAUUUGAAUCCAAUACACUUUUUUGUAAAAUUCAAAGAAUAUGAACUUGUGGGUUCUGUGUCGGCGACAGAAAAAAAAAAAUUUAGACCAAACAUAUGGAAACAUGCUAAUUCUGAUAUGUUUACACUCAGUAAUGGAGCAUCCCAAUGCAGACAGGUUAGCCUAUAACUUUUUUUAAAUGACAUGCUAUGUCUGCUCCAUACACCUGUCUGUCCCCUCCGCCCGUCUGUCUGUCCCCUCCGCCCGGGGAGCAGAGCAUUCAGCCGCUCUGUUCCCCGUCUCUGGAAUUCAUUACCACCCUAACUUAGAAACAUCGAUUCAUUCCGCCAUUUCAAAUUGCAACUCAAAACACAUCUGUUUAAAAGUGCCUAUUCCACUUGAUGUCAAUUGCUCUGCCUCUUUCUGUUGUUUUUAUUGUUGUUGUAUUCUUCAUUUUUCUGCCGCUUUUAAUGUCUUAUGUAUCCCUGUUCGGUGUCCUUCAGUGGCGAGAAAGGCACCUUUAAAUAAAAUGUAUUAGUAUUAUUAAUUAUUUUGGUUGUUCAGCUGUGAUACUGUAUGUAAACUGCUGUUUUAACAAAACCCUGCUAGACUGUUACACAUUUUUUGACAUGGUGUCUAUUAGCUUGGAGCCUUUGCUGAGUAAAAGUUCCGUUAACGUUAAUUAAUUUAGGCCAAGCAGUCUCCAUUAGGUUGGGCACAUUGGUUGGACAAGUCACAUGUGGAUCAACCAGGAGACAACAGCUCCAGUGAACUUGGACGUUUUUAUUUCUGCUCACUACAUAUUACAUGGCAGUGUAAACCACUGGGCAUUUGUUGUUCCGAUUUUCCAUUGUUCUCUUCUGUUCAGUUGCACAGUGUGUAUUAUAUACAAAUGACUGAAACUGACCUUUCAGUGGUGGGUAGAAGUGUCUUGAAAAAUGCCCUUAAACUGUGAAAUGUAAAGUUUCUUCCAGACCACAACGUCCUUAAUGGGAGUCUUCUAACUACAACCAUGUGUAUGAAUGUUGCCUCUCUGCUCUCCCUCUCUGUUUCCCUCUCUCUCUCUUUCUCAGUCUGCCCACCACUGACCUCUGAAUUCACCAACAUUCCAGCAUUUUAGCUCUUGUCCAUCAUGUCCCUUUCAGAUGUACCGUGUGUAUCAAGUGAAAUAAAAGUUGAGGGAAGCAGUAUGCUGCCA